AGAAGAGAAUGAAAUUAGUAAUUCUAGGUAGGGAAAUCAAAUCAGCAAAGGAGAAGAAAGAAAGAGAUGGAGAAUCUUAUUAAAUGGGCAAUAAGAGUGGUGGGAGUUGCGUGUUUUUUGGGUGUAUGCAACGCCAUAGAAUCGCCACAAUUCAAAGUGGUCCACUCAGAAUCAGAGUUUGAGAUCAGACUCUAUACUCGGUCCUCAUGGAUGUCUGCUCCUGUUGUUCCAGUUAUCUCCUUUGAAAAAGCCACCCGAAAUGGCUACCACAGGUUGUUUCAGUAUAUCCAAGGAGCUAACUUGAACUUCACUAGACUUGCAAUGACAGUUCCUGUGUUGACAAGCAUAGUACCAGGAGCCGGACCUCUUUAUUCAUCAGCCUAUUUUGUCAGAUUUUUCUUGCCUGUGAAAUCUCAAGCUAACCCACCUUCACCUCUCCCUGAACUCAACUUGAAACCCGUUGCUUGGGAGAGUCACUGUGUCGCUGUGAGGAAGUUUUCUGGGUUCGCAAGAGAUUCCAACAUUGUGAGGGAGGCUGAGAAGCUUACCACCAGCUUGAGCAAGUCUCCAUGGGCAAACCAUACUUCUUUAGAUAGUGGCUAUGCAUACUCCAUUGCUCAGUACAGUUCCCCUUUCAAGUUCAUUGGGCGUGUCAAUGAAGUUUGGGUGGAUAUUGAUGAAUCUGGAGAGGGCUGCAAAUCCAGUGCCGUGGCUGCUUACUGAGACUCUAGCAGAGUAGUUGGUUUAUCAUUGUGAUGUAUGCUAGAAUGGAAUGAUAUUUUGGCUUUCCUGUGUGUAAUAAGCAAGUGAAUUAAAUAUAUGCUAAAGACAUUCUCCUCGAA